AGAGAGAGAGAGAGAGAGAAUGGCGGAUGCGGGAGGAUACAAAAUAUCAUUAGAGUCCACGCCGACAUGGGAGGUGGCUCUGGUGUGCUUCACCAUUGUGCUGGUUUCUAUCAUUGUUGAGAGAUUUCUUCAUCUCGUCGACCAGCUUUUGAAGAAGUGCAAUGAGUGGCUCAACGGCGUUUUACAGAAGAUCAAAGAUGAGCUGAUGUUGCUCGGUUUCAUAUCGCUGCUCUUAGCGGUGUCCCAAACUACCAUAGGGAAGAUUUGCGUAUCGGAGCAACUCAGCAAAGUCUGGCUUCCCUGCAAGAAGCCCGACUCUCCAUCCACUGUCGCCAAUUUCACUGCCAGUUCCUUCCCGUCUGGCGCAACACGAGGACGCCGCCUCCUCGCCAUGGCUUCUAAUACUACUGAUUACUGCGGUCAAAAAGGGAAGGUGGCAUUUUUAUCCGUUGAAGCAGUCCAUCACCUGCACAUUUUCAUAUUUGUGCUGGCCACCUUGCACGUGGUCCUCUGUCUAUUCGAAGUACCAGCUAUGAUAAUUCAAUGGAAGAAUUUGAAGAUGUAUGAAGAUGAUUCUGACAAAGGUAAUGCCGUCGAAUUCAUCCUCCUCAAACUCAAGCAAUGUCGUCAAAGGAAGGAGAGGAUGAAACGCAAGAAAUCUUAUGAAAACCCACCUGGCUUCUUCAAAUCUUUGGAAGAGUUCUUCGACGAGAGGACCAGCAUUGUCUUACAUUUUCCUCUUCUGCAGAAAGUAGUUAUGCUGAAAGGGACUACUUUUAUGUCCCCGGAUGAGUACAACGCUGUUCGUGCGAACUUCAUGGCGGCGUGUGAUGGGAAAGCUAAAGGGAAAGAUUUUCAGAAGCGCAUAAUGAGGACUUUGCAAAAGGAAUUUAAGCAAAUGAUUGAAAUCAGGAUGGCAUGUGCUCUUUUGGAUAUCUUUGAUUACGUCGAUUGCGUUCUUGCUAAUUUGGCGCAGCUUUGGCUCAUUUUCCACUUCAAAUUGGAGAUUAUGAUAAGACAACUAGCAAAAAAGGUUGUCGAAAGCCAGAAGGUUGUUGAAAUUUCAGAUGGCGAUUUCUGGCUCGGUGGGCCUCGUCUCGUCAGCAUCCUGAUUCACUUCGUGCUCUUCGAGAACUCUUUGCAGCUUACUGUCUUCUUCUUUAUAUUGUUCCAAUUUGGUUUUCACUCCUGUAUUAUGCGAAAGGUUGGUUAUGUCGUCCCAAGAAUAGCAAUAGGGUAA